AUGUCGUUUCUUGGAGGAAGCGAAUGUGCUGCUAAUGCGAAUCCGUUGAGUCAGUUCUCUAAGCAAUCUGCAGUAGAUCAUUCUCUCGAACAAUCGGCCAGGCAGAGAACGAUUGCUGAUGUAGCAGGGAGACAGAGCAGGAUCAGAGAACCUGUGAUGAUGAACCAGAGAGAUCGUGAGCAAAUGAACGAAUUUAUGGCAAACAAUGGAGGAGGUCCAAAGAUGGGAUCAUUCGACUUUCAGCCGAUGGCAAAGGAGCUUGACAUGAUGAGAAGAGCGUCUCAUCAAACACAGCAAGCACACCAGGCACAGCAAGCACACCAGGCACAGCAGAUACAGCAGACACAGCAAGCACAAAGUGGACUGUCUGGACAGAACUCACAGUUGAUGUAUCAACCAAUAACGAAUCAAGAGCGUUCACAGCUCAACGAAGUUUCGGCCAAGAAAGGAUUCUCGUGGUCCACUGAGUUUGUGGAUACCAGUAUGCAGAGCAAGCAAGAAAAUAGUAAUGUCAACGGCAUGAUACAGAGGCCUAGCAUGAUGACUAGAACUUCGGGGGGAAUGAUAGGUUUUCCAAGGAAUUAUAAUAUGCCCCUGAGAACAGCUCAGCAGCAAGAGCAAAACAACAUUGGCCAAAUACAUAAUCAGCGACAUGACUUAUCUGUAAGUUGGGAAGAAUCGUUCAAGCUCAUUGAAGAAGAGCAACAAAAAGGGGAAGAAAAGGCCGGAGUCGAACCCAAAGUGUCUAGUGUGGACCAAGCUUACAGCGAGCAAAUGGAGACAGGUAUCGAUACGUCUGCAGAAGAUGCUUUGAAACAAGAGGAAGACUAUGAAGCAGCAUGGGCCAAAGAUUUUGAGAAGUAUGCAGGAGGAAGAACAAACUAUGGCGAGUACAAGUUCGCAGAGGACAACAAGUUUUUACAUACUGAUGGAGCGUAUGAGAUCGGAUGUAAAUUGAUGGAAAGUGGAGCCAAAUUGAGCGAGGCCGCAUUAGCGUUUGAGGCUGCCGUUCAUGAUAAUCCGCAGCAUAUUGAUGCCUGGAUGAAGUUAGGGCAAGUUCAAACACAAAAUGAAAAAGAACUGGCUGGUAUUUCUGCAUUGGAGAAGUGUUUGGAGCUUUCUCCACAGAAUCUCAUCGCUCUUAUGACAUUAGCAAUUUCCUAUGUAAACGAGGGCUAUGAUAAUGCUGCCUAUGCUACAUUAGAGCGGUGGAUAGAGACAAAAUAUCCAUCAGUGGUUCAGCAGGCGCACAAAGAGAACCCAGGAAUUCACUCUGACGACAGAUAUACUCUUAACAAGCGAAUCACGGAGUUGUUUCUUCGUGCUGCUCAACUAUCUCCCAGUGGAGCCAAUAUGGAUGCCGAUGUUCAGACAGGUUUAGGAGUUCUUUUCUAUUCAAUGGAAGAGUAUGAUAAAACGCUUGACUGCUUUCGGGCAGCUAUCAGAUGCAAUCCCAAUGAUGCUUUGAGCUGGAAUAGACUUGGAGCAUCGUUGGCGAACUCAAACAGACCAGAACAAGCCAUAGAAGCAUAUACAAAGGCGCUACAAUUGAAUCCCAACUUUGUUAGAGCAAGAUAUAAUUUGGGUGUGUCAUUUAUUAAUAUGGGUAUGUUUAAGGAUGCCGUGGAUCAUCUCUUAACGGGAUUAAGCCUGCAUGAAGUUGAAGAACCCGAUGGUCAUGGGGGUGCCAAAUAUGUGAAUGACAGCAACCAGUCUACAAGUCUCAUGGAAACAUUGAAGAGGGCCUUCCUAGCUAUGGAUAGGAGGGACUUGGUUGAGGAAGUGAAGCCAGGAAUGAAUAUUGAACAGUUCAGAAAAACUUACGGUAUGUAG